AUGAAGCUACUUGCCACAUUUCCCCUUCUCGCCUUGUGCUUUGCUGUAUCUUUGAAAGGUACUUUUUUGAUUGAAACGGGAGGAGAAAAAGUUGGUGCGCCAAAAUUCCUCGGUGUUUCAAAAGAUGGAACUGUCACGCAAAGUUUCAAAGGUGAUGUGUUCGAAUUGCAGAGCGGAGAAUCAAAGUUGCUGAAGAAUAUUGUGCUUAAGGACGGAAAAUAUAUUGUCAUUGCAAAUGGUACACUUUCUAUGAGCAAGGAAACAUUUCCUGUGGAUGAUAACACUCUUUCUAUAGUAAAUGCUACCGAAGAUUAUGUCAAUGUUGCUGAUGAGUAUUUAUACUACGGAUUUUCUGUUCACUUCCGUCUCUUCGAUGACUCGACAAUCCAUGAAUUUUUAAGUGAGGAAGGACAAAAAAUUAAGAUCAAGUUUGUUGAAUCGCAUUGA